AUGGAAAACAAGAGCUGUUCAAAGUGUAAAAGGAGCCUUUUACUAGAUGCAUUCAAGGUGACAAAAAAUGGUCAAACGACAAAAACAUGCAUCAAAUGCCUCGAUGUUAACAAGGCGUCACGGGAACGUACAAAGUGCCCUCAUGAAAAGCAGAGGGCCCUGUGUAAGGAGUGCAAGGGCAGUCAAAUCUGCCCUCACGAAAAAAGGAAAUCCAGGUGCAAGGAGUGCAAGGGCAGUGAAAUCUGCCCUCAUAAAAAGCAGAGGUCCAAGUGCAAGGAGUGCAAGGGCAGUGAAAUCUGCCCUCAUGAAAAGCUGAGAUCCUAUUGCAAAGAAUGCAAAGGCAGUCAAAUCUGCCCUCACGAAAGAAUAAGAUCUCGGUGUAAGGGAUGCAAGGGCAGUCAAAUCUGCCCUCACGAAAGAAUAAGAUCUCGGUGUAAGGAGUGCAAGGGCAGUCAAAUCUGCCCUCACGAAAGGCAGAGGGCCCUGUGUAAGGAGUGUAAGGGCAGUCAAAUCUGCCCUCACGAAAAAAGGAGAUCCAGGUGUAAGGAGUGCAAGGGCAGUGAAAUCUGCCCUCACGAAAGAAUAAGAUCUCAGUGUAAGGAGUGCAAGGCAGUCAAAUCUGCGCACAUCAAAAAAAGGAAAUCCAGGUGCAAAGAAUGCAAGAAGGUUAAACAAUAAAUGGCAACUAU